AUGAGUCCGUACAAUUCUACUCGUCCUGUGCCCCGAAGCACGAGACUGGUCCUAAGAUCAAAGUUUCUUGUUUUGUGUUUGUUGCUUGUGGUUGUAUUGAUGAUGAUGGAUAAUAAUCAAUCGAGUCAGUUGGAUUUGGAAGAUGCUUUGUAUUUGACUAAGAAUUCGAUUAAAGAGUUCAGAGAUCAAUAUUUACCCACUUGGCAACGUGAUAAUAAUGUUAAUACUAAUAGUUCCUUAUCGUUAUUUGAAAUUGAUUAUCCUCUUAAUAGUGUGAUGAAUUCUUUCUUUCCUAUCGAUACAUUAAUCAGUUAUAAUACAACCAUACCAAAUGAUGAUUCAGGAAAUAUUACUGUCAAUGAGUUAGUGGGGAGAUAUGCUUCAUUUAGUCCUGUCUUGAGUACUGGUCUUGAAAGCAAGUAUGUCAUUUUCCCUAAUAAUGCCUGCGAAAAGAAGGAUUAUUCCAACGAUAAAGAGUUCAAGAAGUACUUUAAUAAAACGUUGGUUGUUUUAAGAGGUGAUUGUACUUUUGUCGAUAAAGUUUCUAAUUUACUUGAAUCAGGCUUAAAUCCUACUAGUAUCAUCGUUGGUAAUGAUGAGCCUUAUCGUGGCUUAAUUACGAUGUUUUCAGGUAGUUUCAAUCAAGAUGGUUCUUUAGAUGUUCCCAUAUUAUUCAUCACCAAUGAAGAUUAUAAAACUUUAAAAGAAAUCGAAUCAGAAGAAUUAACCAUCACUAUAAGUACACUUUCAAUAGGAAGUUGGGUUAAUAUUCUUGUAUCAAUGGUAUUAUCACCACCAUUAUUAAUUCUUUUCUUUUAUUCUGUGGUGGUAUGUGGUCAAAGAUUUAGAAGAAGACAAGCCGAUAUACGGAAUGCAAAGCUUGUGAAGAAAUUACCGGUUUAUAUUUUUAACAAGGAUCAUUUAAUUCAUGUUAAGUAUUUCAUGAAUUAUUUAAAAAUAACUGGUCAAACUUCAGUAUUAGCUAAAGAUUAUGAAAGUACUCUUCCUGAAUCACCUAAGAAUUCCCCUUCAUCAUCAACUGCAUCAUUAAGUAAGAUAGUGGUUAAUGGUAUAGAUAUCAGAUCUUCAUCAGGUUCAUUGCAUGUAUUAUGUGCUCCAAAUAACUUUUAUCCUGCUUAUAAAUGUUCGAUUUGUUUGGAUAAGUAUAUUCCCUUGAAAUCAAGAGUAUUAGUAUUAGAUUGCAAACACUUUUAUCAUGAGAAAUGUUUAUCUAAUUGGUUAAUCAACUUCAAGAGAACAUGUCCAUUAUGUAAUACUAUCAUCAAUCAUCUGAAUGAUCCUUAUUUACUUGCUGGUCAAAACAAUUCAGGAUCCGAUUAUGGUAGUAUGGAUGAUACUGAUCUUGAAGCUGCUCGUAAUCUUGUGGAAGAUAUUCCAUAUGUCACAGAUUCAUAUUCUCAAAUUGAAAGUGAUGAAGAUGAUCGACUUUAUCAUGAUUAUAAUGUGGCAGGUACUUCAAGUUCAAUUAUGGAAAGUACCUUAAAUACAGGAUCUUCCUUAUUAGGAGGUCCAUUAUUAAGACCAGUAACUCCUCCACCUCAUGAUUUAAAUCUACUGAAAACACCCAUGACUCCAACAGAUUCUCAUACUUCAGCAUCUUUUGUAACUGCUAAUACAAAUCUUGAAUCCCCCAAAAUAAGAGGAGGAUCGGGAUUAAAUUCACCAAUUAAGUAUGUCUAUGCUAGACCUCUGCAAAUAUUAAGUCAAUUUUCAUCAAUAUCAAAUCAAAAUCAAACGCGUUCAGUUAGUGAAUUCAGUAAUAGUGUUGAUUCAAUGGAUUGGGAAACUCCGGGAGGAAACGCGAUCCGUUCCCCACCUAUAAAUGAAAAUGAUGAGACCAUAACUUCUAAUUAUAAUGGAAGUUCGUCAACAAUCGAUCAAUCUAACGAAGAAGACGAUCAAGAUGAGUCUCAAACUAUAAAUGACUCCGAUAAUUGA